AGGUUAACAUUUCUAAUACGGUUUGAGGUAGUUGGUUAAUUCACCGCCGCAAUCGCCACCAUCUCUAGAGCAUCGACUUGUGGUAGUCCCUAGCGGACAAGUGUCGAACUCUUCAAACACCCCUUCCCCUCCCGUAGAACGAAUUUGAGCUGCAGUGAAUGAUUGAUGGGGGGUGCGGGGAAUGACAGCGGGCGACAGUGCUGCCCUCUAAAGUGUAAAUAACAACUAAGAUGAUACAGGGCGUUACGGCAGCGCACUGCAGCGGUGAAGUUCCCAAGCUGCUCAUCAUACGCUUCUGAAAAACGCAGAGUAAAUCCUAUCCACUCGCGACUUCUAUACAGUAUAUAUAUUCAAAGGCGCCAGUCGCUGAGAGGACACACCGCGCCAGAAGCACCAAUCACAGCUCCGCCUCACCAACACACACACACACCGCUUGUGUUGAAUGCGCGCUCCACGUGUGCUUCGGAACUGAGAAAGGUAUGGCGAGAGAAUUUAGUGUCCUGGUGAGUUUACUGCAAGGACGACUAGUUUUUCAGGGCCGCGGCGAGAAAUGGCGCUUGAUUGGGGCGUUGAGGGAAGGAGGGGAGGUUGCAACUGGGUCAUGACGCCCCAGGGCGCUCAGCAUUUAAGGCCAACUGCUCAGCUAAAGAUAAAUAUUAAAUCACUACCAACCCCCCCCCCCCCCAACCGAGGGCUGGACAACACACGAGUUUACCGUAUAAAUAAAUUAAUUUUACUCGAAAUUAAAUUAAACAAAACUCGGGCCAUUUGUAGUCACCAAGCUUCGCAGCGAAUUUUCAAAGUCAGUUAUUUCCCAAUCCCCGUUACAGGCGCAGAACAGGAGGUUAGCUGCCUGGGACACCUCGCGGGUCCCUGGGUCCGCUACUGGCGAUGUGUCAGCAGUGGCUGCCGGAGGGUGUGUUACUUGUGACUUGUAUCAGAGGUGUUCGCGUUGCAGCAACGAGUUGCUUAUUAUCUUUAAUGUUGAGUAUACGUCACAAUAUACAUUUUCAUUCCGGGAAGUCAGUGCUCACAGUACAUAUCUUGGUGGUCCAAGUUGUACAAUUUUCUAAAUAUUUACCGUAUUAGUUUUUGUUGCAGUUUCCGCCGAAGGAAAUACUUGCAUAAAAAGCGCCUUUGUACCUAGCAGAAAACGGAGGAAUGGGAAACGUUCAUGACUAAACUCGAAAAUAUAAAUUAAUCCAGUGAGACUUGUGUCGUUUCGAUUAGGAAUGAUUCGGUGAUUCAAGCUGGAUUGUAUUCUUAUCCCUUAGAUUUAAGGUGCCACGGAAUAGUUUCAUAUACAACAUCACUGACGAGGCAGAACAGUUCGUUGGAGGGCGAAGGGAGAGGGGAGGAAAGCCGGGCCAAUCCCCAUUACCCUGGAGCCUCACAACCCAAUAUACUUAGUUUUAAGUUAAAUCAGAAGAAAAAAAUUCUCCGUAGUGCAAUUUGCAUGCACGCCCGCUUUCGAAGCAAAGGGUUAUGGGUUUGAGUCCCGGGUAAGGCAUGGGUGUAGAUCAGUAGGUAUAAUCUAAUUUAAUCACCAUAAAAGUCAGUCAUCGAAACUGUCGAUAACAAUAUUUAGUUUAGAGGAUGGUUGGCUCGUUGGUAAUGAACAAGCAUUAAAAGAAUGCUGACAUUGUCACAUUACUCGCCUCCCACCUGUGCUACCCGGGUUCGAGUUCCGACGGGGUCAAAGGUCAAACUCGUACUUACUGAUCUAGGAACAUUAUGAUUUUAAUCAAGACUUACGCGGACAUUGAAUUUUGAUUCUAUUAUUGAAACGUUCGCUGAUAUGAAAGCGUGAAAAAGUAAUUUUAUGAUUAUUGACUUUAAAUUUGUUCGAUGUUAAAUAUGUUACAUUUUAAGUUAUUCAGUAUUAAGUGAAUUGUUUGAUGUGUAAAAAAAGUCAUUUUUCGAAAAGGUAAAAAGGUAACGAAAAUUGUUUUAUUGAGAGAAACAUUUGAAAACGUUUCUUAAAAUGCUGUAAAAAAUCACUUAGUUUUGUCCUGUUUAUACAGCUUUAUAAUCUCUUAAAGGUUUGAAAUAUUUUGAUUUUUUUUAAAUAGCGAAGGUUUGAAGAGUUGUGUAUUAUGCAAAAUUACUUGCUCCCGGGCCCUUAAUUUCUCUCGAUGGCCCUGCCAACUAAGCAUGUUUUACGUUUGCUAUAGAACCAAGCAUCCCUGAAAUAUGUUUUAAGCUAACUACAAGACCAAGAGGUUCUGAAACGUUAAAUCUUCAGUCCUGACCACAGGCUUGACUAAUUGUCACUGCCAACAAUGCGACAGGUUUGACUCCACCAGGAUUGGUGGCAACAGAAAUAAUUUUUCUAGGAAAGCUUAUUUAAUAGUGUUUGGUUACAGUGGCGGAUCCAGAGGAUUUCAGAGUAGCCAGAGAAAAAAAUGUCUUAAAAUUACUAAAUUUGUAUUUAAUCUACUCACACUACACAUAACAUCCAACCACCAGAUUUUAUGAUUCUACAAGAAAUUCAUUAAUUAUAUUAAAAUAUUUUAUUGGUUUCAGAAACAAUCAUUUUUGUCGGCAAUAUUAAUGUAGCAGACAACUGGUUUUUCGGGGGGGGGGGGGAGGGGGGGGGGCCUCUUGUACCUGGUGCCUCCCCUUGGAUCCGCCACUGUAUUGGUUAUGAAUAGGGACCGGAAAAAUUCGCGGUUUCGACGGCCUUCAGGAUAGACUGCACAUUCCCCUGUACACUCGGGCAAAUAACGCAAGUUCAUUGGCUGCUGACUUGUAAGUCGUCUCAGCUGGUUUGUCUGUGAUUCGAUCCUUCUUUGGCUGGAGGUUUAUAAUUGGUUGAGAUUCGUCCAGAUGAACAGUAAGCCAAUAGCAAAAUCAACUAAAAGGUAUAUGUAUUUGAAUUAUAGCCUAUCGCCGAAUGAAUCCGCGAAUUUUUCCGGUCUCUAGUUAUAAAAGAUAAAAAUAGCCAAUAUUUACGCGAGAAAUUUUAAUAGUAAAAUCUUUGCAAUUUAUUGUCUACGGAAGUGAAAUGCAGGAAUGUUUCCGGAAGCCGUGCUGAAGUUGCGCACACGUCGUCGCGAACCUAGCCUAGGCCUCGCGCGCGCUGAUGUAACGGAGAAAUCAGCCUCCGCCGAUCACCCGGUUGAAAGCGGCAACUGUUUCCCCGCUCGCCCGCGCGUAUACCCUUUCCAUUCCGUCGGUCCAGCGCGUCGUUUUACUUUAUUUUUUUUUUGUUCGCGGCCGCUUCCUGCUCGCGUGUUCCGCACACCGCGCCGGGAGUCGGCGCAGUCGGCGCAGUGCACCUCCCGCGGCCAUGAGCGUGGCCAUCGACGUCAGCGACGGUCCGUCCGCCGCGGAGCCGCCUGCUGACAUCACGGAAAUCCAAAUGAAUGGGACAAUGCAGAACUACACACAGGUUGUGAACACAGCAAGAGCUGCUUUCAACAGUGGACGCACAAAGUCACUUGACUUCAGGGAAAAACAGUUGGCACAGCUUCUCCGUCUGUAUGAAGAAAAUGUUCCCAGCAUGCUGGAUGCACUGGUUAAGGAUUUACGAAAGAGCAAGCAGGAAUCAUUGAUGACAGAAGUCAACUACAUGAUAGGUGACUUGCAAAACACCAUUGCCAACUUACGGCAGUGGGCAGAACCAGAACAGCCUCCGAAGGGCCUGGUGAACAUGAUGGACAAGGUGCUGAUAUACAAGGAGCCCUACGGGGUGGUGCUCAUCAUCGGGGCGUGGAACUACCCUCUGCAGCUCGCCCUGCUGCCCCUGGCCGCUGCCGUCGCCGCGGGCAACACCGUGGUCCUCAAGCCCUCGGAGCUGUCUCCGGCGUCGGGGGAGCUCAUCGCCCGGCUGCUGCCCCAGUAUCUGGACCCGGAAUGUUAUCAAGUAGUGCUUGGUGGCGUCCCAGAGACUACAGCAUUGCUCAAAGAGAAGUUUGACUACAUAUUCUACACAGGCUCGACAAGUGUCGGCAAGAUCGUGCGCCAAGCGGCUAACGAGCACCUCACGCCUGUGACGCUGGAGCUCGGUGGGAAAAGCCCGGUGUACCUGGAUAACUCCGCAGACAUGGACAUAGCGGUGAAGCGAAUCCUGUGGGGGAAGUGUAUAAAUGCCGGGCAGACGUGCAUCGCCCCCGAUUACCUGCUGUGCUCGAAGGAAGUCGAACACAAGUUUGUGUCGAAGGCGAAGGAGGUUCUCUUAGAGUGGUACGGAGAAAAAGCCAAGGAAUCCCCGGACUUGUGCCGGAUAGUUUCAGACCGGCAUUUCCAGAGAUUGGUAAGCCUGAUGAAGGGCGCCAACGUAGCAGUCGGGGGCGAGACUGAUGCAGCAGAUCGGUUCAUAGCUCCGACCAUCCUGGUUGACGUCAAACCCACCGACCCCAUCAUGCAAGAGGAAAUAUUUGGACCCAUCCUUCCGAUCAUUAAUAUAAGCAACGCGUACGAUGCUAUUCAGUUCAUAAACAGUCGCGAUCACCCUCUCACUCUGUAUGUGUUUGCCGUGAACAAAGAGGUUCAAGACCUGAUUCUGUCUCGGACAAAAAGUGGCUCAACAUGUGUAAAUGAUACCUUAAUGCAGUUUGUUGUUGAUACACUUCCGUUCGGUGGUGUCGGGCAAAGUGGAAUGGGAGCGUACCACGGCAAGUACAGUUUUGACACAUUCACUCAUAAGAAGAGCUGUUUGGUGAGAAACUUCAACGUCAUUGGCGAGAAGCUCGCAGCGAGUCGAUAUCCUCCAUAUUCUGAAAAAAAGAUUGCAAGGUUAGCGUUCCUGUUGAAAAAACGAACUGGGAUAAGUCUGAAGUAUUUGCCACAUGUGGUGAUGUUUGGUUUGGGAAUUGCAGCAACAUUUGGAUUUCGAGCAUUAGCACAAAUUUCAGGCUUGGAAAAUAAUGAAUAGAAAAAGUUUCAGCAGUUUUGCCAGCAAACAGUCCUUGUGGAAAUGUGUGAACACCAGUGAUAAUGUUUAUCGUGAAUCAUGUUAAUGUGAUUCUAUGAAGAAAAAAACAAGUACUCUUGGAAACAUUUUUUUUUUCCAGUAAAGUUUAAGCACCCACAGUGUAAAUAAAAUGUGUGCUAAACUUUUAUAUUUUUUUUAAUGAUUGCGUAAGUAGAUAUUAUAUUGAGAUACAUCACUACAUCAUGUAUUUUGCUGUGAACAUGACAGUUUUUUUUUUUUAAGUAUUAAAUACUUUUAAAAACUUUUGGGAAAGGUAAGCUGUUUGUAUGUUACAAAACAAAUAUAGCUGAAAAUGGUGAUUAAAAUAGACCAAAAUACAAGAAAGACUAAAAAAGCAUUUGUAUUUUGAUACUUUCCUAUGUAAAAGCUUUACUUAUGAGAAUAAUGAUAAAUUGUUUCUUAAAAUGCUUAUGCUUUGUUGUUGCCAAAAUCAUAAAUAAAUUAUGUAAAAAAUAAUAAACUUGUUUUAUUC